AUGCAAAUUCUAAAUUUAGAGUGCACUUCAGAGUAUGACUGUUAAAAAUGUGAUGCUACAAACAUCGCAUAAUGUACCAAAUGUACGUAUCCAGUGAAUUAGAGAGCAUUAGAGUAAAGUGAUACUACUAACCCUUGCUGUAAAAUUCCAUUGAUCCAGCUUCAGAGACUGUCUGUUAGAACUGUAUCUAUGGGUACAGCAUUUUUGUAAAAGACAAUCAAGCUUUGUGCUACGGUAUGA